UGACAAUUGAAUUAACAAAAUGUUUACACGGUUCGAUGCGAAUAAGUCAACGAAGGGAGCCAGCAAGUUACGAAGAGAUCUAAUUAACGCUGAAAUAGCAAAUUUACGAGAAUUAUUACCCUUACCACCUUCAACGAGGCAGAGGCUGUCGCAACUCCAACUUAUGGCACUAGUGUGUGUAUACGUCAGGAAAGCCAAUUAUUUUCAGCAAGCUUUCAAAUGCCACGAUGUGGGUUUGCACCAAUCACCAACGCCGAAUAUAGGAUUCUCUAAGGCGUUGAGCGGUUUCCUAAUGAUGAUGACGCAGAACGGAAAACUAUUGUACAUAUCCGAUAAUGCUGCAGAGUACCUGGGCCAUUCCAUGGUGAGUGUUUUACAGGAGGACCUGUUGAUCCAUGGAGAUAGUGUAUAUGAUAUUAUAGAUAAACAAGAUCACCAAGCAAUACAGUGCGAAUUGGGAAGGCCAGUAACCACAGGGUCCAAUACCAGUCCGACCGAUGAAGUUCGUUUGUUUUUGUGUAGAAUGAAUGUUUCGAGGAACGCCAGGCGACAGAUGAGAUUCGGUGACCAAAAGGUAGUGCUCGUCCAAGGGAGGUACUUGUCAUUCCUUCCGCUUUGCAGCCGCAACGAACCCGUCUUCCUGGCCACCUGUACGCCAGUCGCAAUGCCGGAGACCAGGGAGUGCGUCGUUCAGGGUGCCACCAACGUAUUUACCUCCAUCCACUCUAUGGAUAUGCGCUUCAUCCACAUCGACAACAACGGCGAAUUCUACCUGGGCUUUCCGCGCUCCGAUCUGCAGGGGGUGUCCUGGUACCGGCUGCUGCACUGGGAAUGCACGCGCGAGGCCCAAACCAAACACCGGCUCAUCACCCAAUCGGAACAAGAACGGUCUUGCAUCUUGCUGGCGCAGUUCCAGCGACGUUCAGGAGAGUGGAUAUGGAUGCACUGUGUGCUGCAAGUUAAAGAGAGCUCGGAAAGCAAUCAACAACCCGUAAUUGUGUGCACUAAUCAAGUACUCAGCGAUGCCGAAGCCGCCGUCAUGAGAACUAAUAGCUGGCUGUACCAUUAUUAUUCGGUGCAGAAUAAACUUCAGUACGGCCUUACUUACGACGUUGGCCCAUCGUCCCGGCUAUUGUACUACCCCGAGCACACGCAGGGACCUGAAUUUGUGACCGGCCACGAGGCGGGCGGGUACGCGCACCUAACCGCGAUGCCCACGACAUUGCAACCUCAUCUAUCUCAUCACGCAGUUGCCACGCACGCACAUCACAAUCAACACCACCACCAUCACAGGCGUGCCGAUUCAGAGCCAGUAGAUUAUUCAUACAGUAAGCGAAAGCCCAAAGAAUUACAGAACCUCGAAUUAGAUGUAGCCGAUCACGACGCGCCCGAUACCAUAGGCGGUAGUAGCGGACUCCUGGUUAUCUCUCACAUUUCCGAAAGGCCCAGGACACUGCUGAAAGCAGAUCCAAGCGAUAUCAUGGACCAGUGGAACCCCAGUCCCCCCUGGUCGGAUACCUUACAGAAAGUUCCUGACUUGUGCCAUCAGGAACUCAGCCCUUACAUAGGAAGCGCGCCUCCAACUCCCACGGCCACUCCCAUCACGCAGACGGGAAGCGCUUUCUCGUUCGACUGGAUGCCGGAACAGUACGUCCCAUCGAUGGCUUCUAUAGUGUCCACUGAGGAUAACGAAAGGCAGAUAUAUUGGCCUACCGAACACCGACUUUUCCCCUUGCAACCUCCUCCAAAGCGAAAUCAUCCCCCUCCAGGUAGGUCAGAAUCCGCAGAUCGCGAUACUCCUUAGCGUCUAGAUUGUUUUUAGAUUAUAUGCCAAGUGCAAUAUCUAUAUCGAAAUUAGAAAAGUUAUUUAUUAAAUUAAAUGCGCCUCUUCGCAUCUGACUUGAUAUGAAUACUUGGAGUUCAUGCUUCCAUUAAGAA